AUGGUGAAGGAAACGACUUAUUAUGAUGUUUUGGGGGUAAAACCCAAUGCCUCCCAGGAAGAACUAAAAAAGGCAUAUAGAAAAUUAGCCUUGAAAUAUCACCCAGACAAGAAUCCAAAUGAAGGAGAAAAGUUCAAACAGAUUUCUCAAGCUUAUGAAGUACUUUCUGAUGCAAAGAAAAGAGACUUAUAUGACAAAGGUGGAGAACAAGCCAUCAAAGAGGGUGGUUCUGGUGGUGGCUUUGGUUCUCCAAUGGAUAUCUUUGAUAUGUUUUUUGGAGGAGGUGGAAGAAUGCAAAGGGAACAGAGAGGUAAAAAUGUUGUUCAUCAGUUGUCGGUGACCUUGGAAGAUUUAUAUAAUGGUGCAACAAGAAAACUAGCUUUGCAAAAGAAUGUAAUAUGUGAUAAAUGUGAAGGACAGGGUGGUAAGAAAGGAGCUGUAGAAUGCUGUCCCAAUUGCAGAGGUACUGGAAUGCAAAUAAGAAUUCAUCAGAUAGGACCUGGAAUGGUUCAGCAAAUUCAAUCAGUUUGCAUGGAAUGCCAAGGGCAUGGGGAACGAGUCAACCCUAAAGAUAGAUGUAAAAGCUGUAAUGGAAUAAAAAUUGUGCGAGAGAAGAAGAUUCUCGAGGUUCAUACUGACAAGGGCAUGAAAGAUGGUCAGAAGAUAACAUUCCAUGGUGAAGGUGACCAGGAGUCAGGACUUGAGCCAGGAGAUAUUAUCAUUGUUUUGGAUCAGAAGGACAAUGCUAUAUUUACACGACGAGGUGAGGAUCUCUUCACGUGUAUGGAUAUCCAGUUGGUUGAAGCAUUGUGUGGCUUUCAGAAACCAGUAACAACUCUUGAUAACAGAACUAUAGUUAUUACUUCUCAUCCUGGUCAGAUUGUUAAACAUGGAGAUAUAAAAUGUGUGCUGAAUGAAGGCAUGCCAAUUUAUCGCCGACCUUAUGAGAAAGGAAUUCUAAUAAUUGAAUUUAAGGUAAACUUCCCAGAGAAUGGCUUUCUUUCAUCAGACAAGCUAUCUUUGUUGGAAAAGUUACUGCCUGAAAGAAAGGAAGUAGAGGAGACUGAAGAUAUGGAUCAGGUAGAACUGGUGGACUUUGACCCAUCUCAAGAAAGAAGACGCCAUUACAAUGGAGAAGCUUAUGAGGAUGAUGAGCAUCAUCCCAGAGGUGGGGUUCAGUGUCAGACCUCUUAAUGGAGGCCAAUGAAUACUCUCCAUUGUAAUGCUGGCUUUUGUAUGCAAUAAUGAAUGAGUGAAGGACUACAAUCAUCUUAACACACUCACUACUAGCUAUUGUUUUUGUUGUAAUAUUCAACUAUAGUUGUGUUUUAAAAAGUUAAUAAAAUCAGUAAUAUAAAAUGCUGACUUUGCAA